AUGGCCACCGAUAAAAAGCGGGAGUGGCUCUGUAUUCUCCCCGAUAAGGCCAACGUUCUUGAACGUAGAAAAGAGGUAAAAAGUCAGCAUUAUGAGGCAGUGAAGCCGUUGGUUGCUUCUGGAAAACUCGUCGCUGGUGGAGCCAUGUUCGAAAAGCAUCCUGUUGAUGGCGAACCUGCAUUGUUCAAGGGUAGUGUCAUCGUAUAUACUGGAGACAGCGCUGAAGAAGUCCACAAACUAAUCACCAAUGAUGCUUACGCUCGAGGUGGCGUGUGGGAUCUCGAAAAAGCCCAGAUCAUUCCGGUAAUUACUUUCUACGCCCUUCCACUACCACACAGCCAAGUGUAUUAA